AUGAAUGCAGUAGAAAGAGUAUUUCUUGCAUCAAGGGCAUUUUUGAUGUGUUGGGCGAAAGUGGCUACUUGUUGGUUCGUUGAUCUUUGUGGCCUAAAAAUAGUUCUUGCAUCAAGGGCAUCUUUGGGCAUCUUUGAUGUGUUGGAAGAAAGUGUGUUCGUUGCAGAAAGUAACUACUUGUUGAAUACUGUUGGUCUCAAGAAACCAGGUCAGCCUCCUGUAAACCAGUCUUUUCAUAGGUUCACUCCUAAGAAUAUUGCUGGUCUCAAGGAACCAGGAACCAGGUCCGAGGAUAUUGUUGUUCUCAGUGAACCAGGUGAGACUCCUGUUAACCAUUUUUUCCAUAAGUUUAGCCAGCACUCUUGUGAAGGAGAUAGGCCUAUAGUGGUCAAAGUUGCUAGGGCCUUAGUACUAGUAAUAUUAUGGCAACUUUCCAUUGGUUAG